UGGCUGGUCAUCCUUGGGAACUGAGGCAACUUCCUGGUAUGGCAGAUGCAAGCUGGGUCCCAGUGCCAGGCAGAGGUUGCUCGGUCAGUUUGGUUUUUGGUCAGUUCAGUCUUUGCCCAUGGUGUUCCCAUCUAUCUCAAGAUAUUUCUUGGGUGCCUUCUUGUACGCACAGCCUUGUGUCAUGUACCUUGUUCUGAACAACUAGAGGGAUCAGUCCUUUGAAGUACAGUACAUGGAACUAUAAAACCAGUCACCAGGGAACCUGACUUGAUUGGGAGGGGCAGGGCAAGCUGUCCUGAGGAAGUUGCUGGACAUGUAUUCCUCUGAGAAACACUGGACAGCAGAUUUGGGUGUAGCGCCGGAUCGGGACCACAUACAGAGACAUCUCCAGUCAUGGAUUCAAACCAGGAUGUAGCACUUAAACUUGCCCAGGAGCGAGCCGAAAUAGUUGCUAAAUAUGACAGAGGACGAGAAGGUGCAGAGAUUGAACCUUGGGAAGAUGCUGAUUACCUUGUUUACAAAGUCACGGAUAGAUUUGGCUUCUUACAUGAGGAGGAGCUCCCAUAUCACAAUGCAGCUAUGGAACGGCAAAAGCACCUGGAAAUUGAAAGAACUACUAAAUGGUUGAAAAUGCUAAAAGGAUGGGAAAAAUACAAGAACACUGAAAAGUUUCAUAGGAGAAUUUACAAAGGAAUUCCACUCCAGCUCAGAGGUGAAGUCUGGGCACUGCUCCUGGAGAUCCCCAAAAUGAAGGAAGAGACCAGAGACCUGUACAGUAAAUUAAAACACAGAGCACGGGGUUGUUCUCCUGAUAUCAGACAGAUAGACCUUGAUGUCAACCGCACGUUUAGGGACCAUAUCAUGUUUAGAGACAGAUACGGUGUGAAGCAACAAUCCCUGUUCCACGUUCUUGCUGCAUAUUCUAUUUAUAAUACGGAGGUUGGAUACUGUCAGGGGAUGAGCCAGAUCACAGCCUUGCUCCUCAUGUAUAUGAACGAGGAAGAUGCCUUCUGGGCCCUGGUCAAGCUGUUCUCAGGUCCCAAACACGCCAUGCACGGAUUUUUUGUCCAUGGUUUUCCCAAACUCUUGAGGUUUCAAGAACAUCAUGAAAAAAUACUGAAUAAAUUUUUGUCCAAGCUUAAGCAGCACUUGGAUUCUCAAGAAGUCUACACAAGUUUUUACACAAUGAAAUGGUUUUUUCAAUGUUUCCUUGAUCGGACGCCCUUUACACUAAACCUCAGAAUAUGGGACAUCUAUAUCUUCGAAGGAGAGCGACUUCUUACUGCUAUGUCUUACACAAUCUUAAAAUUACACAGAAAACAUCUUAUGAGAUUGUCCAUGGAAGAACUUGUAGAAUUUCUCCAGGAGACCUUGGCAAAGGAUUUUUUCUUCGAAGAUGACUUUGUAAUAGAGCAGCUCCAGAUUUCUAUGGCAGAACUGAAGCGGGCAAAGCUCGACCUUCCAGAGCCUGGCAAAGAGGAUGAAUUUCCAAAGAAACCUUUGGGGCAGCUUCCCCCUGAAGGUCAGUCAGCUGGUGUUACUCACCUGAGCAACGGACAGAGGAGCGUGGGCAGGUCGAGUCCCCACCCUGGCGGUCGGAGAGGCAGCAGCUCGCCCCACAAGACCCACGAGCCCUCCCCACCUCACCCACGCCGGACCGGCACCCCCGAGAGGGCGAGGCAGCAGCGGCGGAAAUCGUCGGACGAGGAGGGUAAACGGCUUCGCGAUGAGGCGGAGGCGCAGGCGCAGAGGAGACUCCCGCCGGGCGCCCAGGACGGCUCCGGGCAGUACAACCACGCGGCGGCCAAUCAGAACAGCAAUGCCACCUCGCGUGCCCGGAAGGAGUUCGCGCCCCGAUGGCACAAGCCUUCCGAGGCUGCGGUUCUGGAGAAGACCGCCAAGUCUGCUGUGGAAGGUCGGAGCCGGGCCGCACCCCCCACGCUCGCCGACCCCCGGGCUCCCCACGUGAGGCAGAAGACGAAGGUGCUGGACGCAGAUGAGGGCAAGCGCGGCUCCACAGCCUCUCAGUACGACAACGUGCCCGAGGAUGGUCCGGGAGGCGCCGUGGAGGAGGCGCUGGAGCGUGCGCGGGCGCAGAGCCCCCGCAGGCCUGCCGAGCCCGGCGCCAGCCCGUCCAGAGCCCCGCCCAAGUUCGCCUUCAAAGUCCUGCCUUCGAGUUACGCCCAGCACCCGUUCCUGCCAGACGGGGAAGAUCGUGGGCCCGCGCACCCCCCUUUGUACAGUAACCCCCCCACCUACCAGGGCAGCUCUCCAAAACGGGUCCCCGCCGCCAACAGCAGCUUCCCGUUUCCCCCCGGGGCACACACAAAUCCUUCCCGGAGACCUUACGGCUCCACGCUUUCAAUCAGUGCUUCUCCAGAGAAAUCUUACAGCCGCCCGACCCCUCUGGUCCAGCCGUCGAGUCGAAUAGAAGUUCUCCCUGUUGAUCUUGGUGCCGGCGGAUAUUUGGGCAAUUCAGGGUCCCCAAAGAAUGGGAGAUUCAUCCUUCCUCCAGGGGAUUGUUUGUCAGAUAACAGAAAAUGGUCAGAAGUUGGUUACACGUGGAGACCAGAGAUGCACGGACAGCCGUGGACAAGAGAUGUCAACCGUGGCCACUUGAGCAGUUUCCCAAGACACCCCACGUUUCACCACGCCCCCUAUCAGGACCACUCCCUCCCCUCAGUCUCCGUAGAUGGUCCAGUGCGGUAUAGAACUUCCCCAGCUCUGGAAGACGCCACUUCACCCGGGUUUCAGUAUUCAGGGCCCUCGCCUCCAGCGUAUCACUACAGAAAUCGGGAUGGACUCUCUAUGCAGGAGUCAGUAUUGCUGUAAGAACUCAUUUGUACUUGCUGCAGACAAGAGAAUAGAAACCGUAUGAGACCUGAAUUGCUAUGUUUAUAAUUGCCAAAGCAGUAUUUUAUAUGAUUGUAAAGAACUCGCACAGUUCUCAUGUAUGUCAGUAAUAAGAAUAUAUGGAAGUGAUUUCAUCCCCACCUAGAUGCUGCUUAAAGAUGAGCUUUUAACGUGCAUCAUCACCGAACCCAUUAAAAGGAAUUUAACCUGGAAACAUAGCAAUAGCAUUUAGGGAUGCACGCACAGUUUCAUUAAUAUCUUUCUCCAAAAUCUGAAUAUUUGUACUCUCUUAGCCCAUUCUAUUUUGAGUAAUGUUACAAAGCACUGAAAAGCAGUAGAAUAGAUAUUUUUAAGGCUCUACCUAGUGUAUGUGUUUUUUAAUAGCUACUAUAUAGGCAUCUACCCAUAUACAGUCAAACACAGAACUAAAAAAAUGUUAAAAGAACUUUUAGUCUAGAUCCAUGGAAUAAUUUAUUCUUCUUUUCCCUAACUUAUCUUUUAGUCAGGUUUUGUCCGUCCACCUCCACGUCCCCUCGUUUUAUUUUUAACCCAGGUUCUAAACUGACUUGAGGGUUUGCCCUGACUUGAUUCAGCAUCUCAUGGAAUGCUCAGCUUUCUCAUUCAGCUUUCAGUCUGAAAAUUAAAGACAUUGGAGAGAAAGGCUAACCAACUUAAUGGUGCUUAAAAAAAUCAGUGCAGUUUAAGUUUUGUUUUCAGAAGUGCGGCACGCAGUGUGUCCGUGUUCACAGAGAAGUCAGCUUUUGUGUGUCUGUGCCCUUUUUUCUGGUCUGACUCCUACAAAGCUCAGAGCAGAGUAUGCUUGCCAGACGCCCAGGAAGUGCAUGCAUAACUCUCCAGUGGAUGCCAGCUGAAGUUGCAAGUUACCGAUCAUCAGUCACUCAUAGCAGAACCAACUGCUUUGAAAUUCAUUUGAAAGCAGGAUUAAUAAUAGGGUCCUUUCUUACUUCUGUCCCUUAAAUUCCUGUGAAACCUCCCUACAAAGGGCAGGGAGAUACUUACAUGGUCUUUUCCUGGCCCUCUUCCUUUAAAGAAUGUAGUCAGUGGAUAUUGCUGCUCUUAGGCCAUUAAAUUAUUGCUUUGUAAAAUUGUAAAAAAAUGAUCCUAAUUAUUACUAGGAAUCUCAGAUUUUGGUCCUUUUUUUUUUUUUAAAUAGCGUGGCUAUCAUAUUUUCAGAAAUCUUUUUUUUUUGGUUGGUUGGUUCAGUGAAAAAAGUUCAGUUUCAUGGUAACAAAUCAGCAAUGUAUUUCAGAAUAUUCAUUUACACUACAGUGACCAAAACAGCGACCAAGUUUUGGGCACUCCAAGAAAGUACGUCUUUGGGUUUCACUGGAGAGCUUGUUUUCACCCUCACUUGCUCUUGUUCGAACAGUAGAGACUAGAAACCCUAACACUGAUGGUUCUUCUUGUAAGCUGGGGCUUUUAAGCUUUCAAGGUGCAGAAGUAUAUGUUAUAAAAUGAGAGGAACAUUUGUUUAGCUAGUGAAUGUGACAAUAUUUUUUAUGUAUAUAAUGAGUCUAAUGUAAUUUUAAUCAACUUGGUAAUGAUGUUAUUAAAGGGCAAAACAAAUGCAGUGUAUUAGCAGCUGAGCACUGCACAGAAACUCCGACAAAAUCCAAACACCACAAGACUCCCGACCCAGAUCAUGUGGAAGCUGAGAAAUAAAUGUAUAUAAAAAUGUAGCUGGGGAUGUGAACUCCAGUUUUAAACCAUGAUUCUGUGACUUGUAAUAAUCCAAGCUGUACAAUUUAGUUUAUGAUAGCAGCAUCAGAGCUGCUUCAAAAUAUAUAUAUAUCAACAGUGGUAAAUACUGUAGAUUUAUAUAUAUAUAUAUGCAAAAAAUAUAUACACACACUAUUUUCUUAUGUCAUCUAUGACAUUUUUUAUCUGUAUACUUUUUUUGAUGUGAUUGUUUUUAACAUGCUGAAGAAGUAUA